GAGAGCAGGGCUGUAUUCAUUCAUGCAAAAGAGAAGAAAAGAAAAGAAAAUUACAGUGAGAGCUAUGAAUUAUGGGUAUUUUGUUUCUUUCUGGGAUUUUUUUUUUUAUUUUUUUUUAUUUUCAUUCUGGCCCAUAUAUUUCUGGUUGUGGGAUCAAGUUUCGAUCAAUGUGAUUGGGUCUCUCUUUCUCUCUCUGUGUCUCAUCAUCCUUUCCUAUGAAGAAGUUUAUUAAGGAGCCUCUACAAACAAUACCUGAUGAAGAUGAGUAUGGCAACUAAGAAAGAUGGAAAGCUGAUGAAAAGGCUGCUCAAAGUUUAAAGUCUAUAAUAAAGCUGUUAACCGAAAGAAAGAAAGAAAGAAAAUAGCUUUUUCCUUCUACUUCUUCUUUAUCUUCUCUCUUAUUUAUCCCCACACAUAUCUUUAAUUUCCCUCACUAGUUUUUAUACUGCUACAUCCAAGAUCAGCUGUUGCACGAACAAAGAUUCGCUUUGCUUUGCUUCUCUUCUCUUCUCUCUUCUUGGGCUUGUAUUAUUAUAGAGAAAUAGAGGAAUAGAGGAUCAUAUAUCUUGCAAGAUACACAUCCCAUAUACGAAUUACCCAUGCUAGCCAGUAACCCUUCCUCAUCACUUCCUUUUUCUUCUUCUGAUCCUUUUUCUUGCUUAGAAACUUCAACUAACAAUAAUAAGAGGAAAAGAAGACCAGCAGGAACUCCAGAUCCAGAUGCUGAGGUGGUCUCUUUAUCUCCCAAAACAUUAUUGGAAUCUGAUCGUUAUGUGUGUGAGAUCUGCAACCAGGGUUUUCAGAGAGAUCAAAACCUGCAGAUGCAUAGGCGGAGGCAUAAGGUCCCUUGGAAGUUACUCAAGAGAGAGACACCGGUGGUGAAGAAGAGAGUUUUCGUUUGCCCUGAGCCUAGUUGCUUGCACCAUGAUCCAUGCCAUGCCCUUGGCGAUCUUGUUGGGAUAAAGAAACAUUUCAGAAGAAAACACAGCAACCACAAACAAUGGGUCUGUGAAAAAUGUUCUAAAGGUUAUGCUGUUCAAUCUGAUUAUAAAGCUCAUCUCAAAACCUGUGGCACCAGGGGCCAUUCUUGCGAUUGCGGCCGCGUUUUCUCAAGAGUUGAGAGUUUUAUAGAGCAUCAAGACACUUGCAAUAUGGAACGUUUACGACCUGAAUCGCAGUCACUACAGCCUGCAUGCUUGUCUAGAACAGCUUCAAGCCCAAGCCCCUCUACAGAUACCAAUUUCAGCACAGCUCCUUGGCCUCCUUUAGUAAUGCCAAGGAAAACAAGUGAUGCCAUGUUCUUGAGCCCUACUGCAGAUAAAAAAGAUUACAAUUUGGAACUCCAGCUUUCAAGCACAUCAAAUCCCAUUGAAGUCUCAGUUUCUCCUAAGAGAGAUGAUAAUCAUUCCACCCAGUUGCAGCUCUCAAUUGGGUCAAGUGAUUUCAGUGAGAAAAACGAUUCAAAUAUCACUUGUACAACUAAAGAUGCAAGUAAACUUUCCCCACGAGAAAGCAAUAAUAAUAGCGAAAAAGCUGAAUUGCCAGCCUCGAGGGUUAAAGAAGAAGCAUGGGAGCAGCUAAGGUUGGCCAUGGCAGAGAAAGCUUAUGCUGAAGAGGCAAGACAACGAGCGAAAAGGCAGAUUGAAAUGGCGGAACAAGAAUUUGCCAAUGCCAAGAGAAUUAGGCAACAAGCUCAAGCUGAGUUAGACAAGGCACAAGCUCUAAGAGUGCAUGCAACGAAGCAAAUCAAUUCAACCAUUCUCCAAAUCACUUGCCAUGCUUGUAAACAGCAAUUUCAAACGAGAACACCUCCAGAUGAGAACUCUUGGGUUUUGAGUUACAUGUCCUCAGCAAUAACAGAAGGUGAAGUAGAGAAUGAUAAUGGAAUUAAUCUAGCAAAGACUGCAGCUUAUAACCUACCCAUAAAUUAAUCCUUCUAUAUAUAGCUACCUCUGUUUUGAUUAUAUACAUAUAUAUAUAUAUAUAUAUAUAUAUAUAUAUAUAUAUAUAUAUAUAUGAUAUUAAGAUCAUUAUUUUGUUUAUGAUCUAUCUCUUGCUAUACCACGUAUAAGUAGGUGUUGAUUGGCAGGAUUUGGUAUGGAAGCUUUGAGCAAGUGUUAUUUUUUGGUUAAUUUGGUUAAUGAAAGUUGUUCUGGCACUUAUUAAUCUAUGAAAAAAAUAAUGUAUGAAUGAA